UAACCAAUGAAAAUUUCCAAAUUUUAUUAAACCAUUUUAUUUAUGACUGUUUACUGACGCCUUUUAAGACUGUGGUUCUAAUUUCAAUAUUAAAGCACUACGACGCCAGGAUACAUGAUGUUAAUUCGACAAAUAAAUAAAAAAUUCUUUGUAAAAAAAAGAUAUUUUAACAGUAAGUUAUUAAUAUCUGCUGAAAAAGAUAAUAAAUCUUAUAUUUGGUGCUUCUUUGAUUCUCAUUUUGGUUUACAACGCAAAAACUUUUAUUACUUUCAUCAUUUAUACACCAGUUAUUGGGAUUACUCUAAAGAACAUGGUCCAGAUCAUUGGCAAGAAAUAUGGGAAUUUAAAAAUUGUCAAUCUCCAAUUGAUAUUAUAAAGCAAAAUAUAGAGUACGAUAACAGCCUGAAACCUUUAGAAUUAAUUACAAAACCCAUACAAAUUAAUGCAAGAAAUCUUGGUUUCAAUAUUUCAUUUUUAGCUGAUAAUUUUAAAAGUCUUGUUUUAUGUGGAGGGCCAUUAAAAUAUAAUUAUGCAUUUCGAGAAAUGCACUUUCACUGGGGUGAAGUGCACAAAGGUAAGUGUAAUUUAGGUUGUGAGCAUACCUUUAAUGGGAAACGGUUUGCAGCUGAGUUGCAUGUUGUCCAUUGGAACACAGAUUUGUAUGAAACUGAUAUGCAAGCUAUGAGAUCUAAAGAUGGCCUCACUGUUAUUGGUUUAUUGAUUGAUGCUAGUGAUAUGUAUGAAGAAAAUAAAGAGUUUAAUGUUAUCAAUGAAACUUUUAAAAAAGUAUUGUAUCCUAAUGAUCAUACCAUAAUUAAUAUAUCUCCAUACUUUUUGUUUCCAUUGUGUGUUCAAAAUUACUACACAUACUCUGGUUCUUUAACCAUUCCUCCUUUAAGUGAAAAUGUUACAUGGGUUUUAAUUCCCGAUCCAAUACGUAUUUCUUUUAAUCAGCUCAGAAGUUUAAGUAUUACUCAUUCGGUUGAGAAAAACAGCCAACAAAAGGCAAGGCAUUUGUCUACAGAAUCUGGAUCUACAAUUAUAACUAACAACUUCAGACCGAUACAACCUUUGAACAAUCGAAUUGUAAGAUCAUCAUUUAAAAAUUUAAUUUAGUUUUUAUGCCAAUCAUUGUGUUUAUGUUUGAGAGUAAUAAAUACUUGUAUUUUCUCAUUUAUGAAAUAUAUUAAUUUUGUGUGUGUA